AUGUUAUAUAUAAUUAUUUUAAUAAUAGUGGCUUUAAUAGCUUUUAGUGUUUAUCAUAAAGUUAAUAUUACAGUGUGCUCAUCUAAUAGACGAUUGGAAGGCAAAACUGCCUUGGUUACUGGAGGUACCUCUGGUUUAGGACUGGUUAUAGCCAAAGAUUUUGCCAAACGGGGCGCAAAGGUUAUAGUCGCUUGCCCUUUUGAAGAAGAAGGCACAAAUGCAAGAAAAGAAAUCAUCGAGGAAUCUGGUAAUGAAAAUGUUAUCUUUAAACACCUUGAUUUAUCGUCCCUAACCUCCGUUCGUGAAUUCGCUAUGGAAUUUAAGAAAACAGAAAAUCGUUUGGACAUUUUAGUGAACAACGCGGGGGUUGGAAUACCUGGAGAUUUUUUAACCAAAGAUGGCCUCAAUUUUAUUAUGCAAGUCAAUUAUUAUGGCCAUUUUCUACUCACACUACUUCUACUGCCCCUUCUAAAGAAAACUGGGACCAAAUCAGAUCCAGCGAGAAUUGUCAAUAUGUCAUCUCUCGCUCAUAGAUACGCAAGUUCGGAUGUUGACAAUUAUAACAGAGUCGGGUACUGGUGUACACUAAGAACAUACAGUAAUAGCAAACUAUGUUUAGUAUUCUUCUCGAAAGAGUUGACCAGAAGAUUAUCAGGUACGAACGUGGUGGUGAACUGUUCCGACCCGGGCUAUGCUGCGACAAGAAUAUACAAAAGAGCGAGCGAAUUUCUCGGCUUCCUAGCAUUUACUUUGGUUCUUAUUUUUGCUAACACAGCGUUUCAGGGGGCGCAGACAGCAAUUUAUCUAGGCGUAGAUGAGUCAGUCAAACGCAGUGGAGAGUACUAUAAAAAUUGUAAGAAAAUUGCUCCAGCCUCAAAAGCAAGCAAUGUAACAAGCAUUAAGAAAUUAUGGGAACAAUCAACUAAGCUCGUUAAACUGAGUGACGAAGAAUUGCGUGAGCUGUUGCAGAUAUAA